AUAAGAUAACAUAAAAAAAAAAAAAAAAAAAAAACUUAUAGACUGCAUAGACACAUGUAACUAUCCAUAUUUGUGUUGCUAGGGGUACAUGUCCAGCUAAAAGUUUUUCCAAGAAGCCCAUUAUCGUUACCCAUUGCCCUUUUCCAAGUAUCAAUUGAAGUUAUCAAUUCACACGAAGUCUCGGAUGGUGGGCUCUGCCUCUCUGCUCACACCCUGUCUUAAGAGAGCCGGGGAGAAGGACGGACGACGUCGGUAGGAACUGGACAAUUGGCUUUUCUUCAACUACGAAAGGGGCGUCAAGGCCUUGUGCAUGCAGACCCUCAUCGCAGACGCAGCGAAGGGGGAGGAAAAAACAGGCUAAGAGGUCCAGCUUCAUUUCCUCGGCGACGGUGAAGGGAAAAAAAAUAAACUGCAGUUGGACAGAGGCUCUGUUUAGCGAAGGCGGGUCUCGGAGAAAAGCCGGGAGAAAUCUUCCUCUUUAGAGUGUCAGCCGAAGGAACGACAGAGGAGGAGAGUGCACGGAGCAAGCGUUGAGCGAUGGCCGCCUUCGUUUUGAAGAGUGGGAGUAAGGAAGCUCCUCAGUGGUGCUUCCGGCCGAGGUUCUUGGGCUUCCUGACGCUGCUGCUCCUCGUCCUCGCCCACAGCACCUCCGCUGGCGUCGUCGGCAGGGAGAGGACCAACGACACCGACACACAGGAGGGCAGGUACGGCCAUAGCCUCAACGGCGACGAGGAAAAACACCACUACACAGACAAAUACGAUUAUGGCGACAUGCACCAGCAUGAUAACGCAAGCCUAGAUAACAUCGUACCUGCACCCGAAGCAUACACAGAUAACGGCAAUUUCGCUCGACUGAUGGCAAUUUUCCUGCUGGUUCUACUACCCGUACGCCUCGGCGUCUGUUCACCGGCUUUGCGAAUGCCUUUCUUCUCAUCGAGAGACAGUCAUUCGAGAGGUCUUCAUCCUACAGCGAAUUCCUGCUCGUGAAAAUGCCCCUGUUGCUAAUUUAGGAGCCGAAGCCCCCCUGUCUGGAGGCACGGGGGAUUCCGCAGAUGAUGCUCCUCCUGCUUCUGCCGCUUUAGUUCCGAAAGCCUCCCUUGCGCCCAAAUGAGGACGGAAGCGUGCCUGAAGUGGGUCACCUGUCUUGAUUAUUGGGAAUGUGGUGAUGUGGGGUUGCACUCUCUCUCUCUCUCCCUCUCUCUCUCUCUCUCUCUCUCUCUCUCUCUCUCUCUCUCUCUCUCUCUCUCUCUCUCUCUCUCUCUCUCUCUUAUUUUAUUGUGUGUGUACGUACGUGUCAGUGGAUUUCUUUCAAUCGUCUGCGAGUCUGCGAGUCGGAUAAUUUGUCACAUCUCUUAAUCCUUCCCCUGUUCAUUCGAUUAAACAAUAUCAUGAAAGUAUACAGAUGGCAUAUAAAUCGCUUGUUUCCACAAAUUUCUCUGAAUGAUAUGAAAGGAUAAGUUUUCCACAAGGUGAAUUCACGAAAAUUGUAUUGUUUAUU